AGUCUAACCGAUUCACGUUGUAGCCCAUGCGUACUUUCACGUUGGCAAGUGAACUCACCUCUAGUAGAGAAGUGUUUCCCCUUUAUAAAAAGUGACAUAAAUUAACAGAUUUUAUUUAACAGCAAUGGGCGGACAAGCAAAAGCGAAAAAGAAAAGCAAAGCUAAAAGAAAAGAUACUAAACCAACUGGAGGUGCCUUGAUGUCACCACAGGAGAGAAUGAAAGCCAAGAUGCAGGAUAGAGCCAAGAAGAAAACAGCUGAAAAAUACACAAUAGAUCAACUAGUUGAAAAGACUGAAGAGUGUAUAGACAACUUUGAUUUUGACAUGGCCAGACUGUACUGUCAGCGAGCGCUGGAUAUUGAACCGACUAACCUGACCCUCCUGGACAUGAUGGGGAACAUUUGCGCUGAACUGGGAGAUGCAGAGAAAGCUAAACAGGUGUAUCUGAAGGCUGUGGAGCUCAGUCCAGAGGAGGGCCACAGUAAGUACAUGUACCUGGGGCAGAUUCACACAGGCAUAGAGGCUGUACAGUACUUCAGUAAAGGAACCGAGGUCAUGCUCAACGCCAUGGACAAACACGCCAAUGAGGCUAGUGCAUUCGGAGCGGCUGCAUUUCCAUCUGCCUGUGCUGUCACAAGGAAGGAUGUGUCUGUGGCCUUCUGUUCCAUCGCUGAGAUCUUCUUCACAGAUCUCUGCAUGGAGGAGGGCGCCGCUGACCGUUGCAAAGAGGCCAUCGACAAAGCUUUACAGUACGACGAGCACAACCCCGAAGCACUCCAGUUGAUGGCCAGCUACCUGUUCAGCGUUGAGAAAACCGAGGAGGGGCGUGAGUACCUGAAGAAGAGCGUGUCGUCAUGGUUACCUAGCCUACAGAAAGAGGAAGAGUCACUGGCGAGCACAGAGCAUGACAUGGAGGAGGAGGAAGACCAGAAUAAGAGCAACAUCCCGCCUUAUGAAUCCAGAAUAACAACGGCCAAGCUGCUGAUCGAGUCCGAAGAAUACGAGAUGGCCACAGAGGUGUUGGAGGAUCUUCUGGAGGAGGAUGACGAGGUUGUGGAGGUUUGGUAUCUGUUAGGAUGGCUGCUUUAUUUGCAGCUGGACAAACAAGACUUGACAAACAACGGUGUGAACUUCAGAAAAUCAGCUUGGGCAUACCUUAGCAAGGCCAAAAAGCUGUAUGUGAAGCUGCGCUGUGAGGACUCACCCAUGUUUGAGCAUACGGAGCAGCUGUUAGCAGAGCUGGGUGGUGAAGAGCAUGGGGCUGAUGAUGAUGAUGAUGAUGAAGCCGGACCAUCUGUAGACAACAUUGACGAUGAUUUUAUUCAAAGCAGCGAUGAAGAUGACGAUGCCAUGGAUCACUGACUCAACGUUUUUCACUUGCUUAUUCUAAUCGUCAUCCGUGGACUCGUCCAAUCAGAAUAUUAAACUGAAAGCAGAUGGCUGAUCUUCACAGUCUCUCUACCAGUCACUUUUCUUUUCCCCUUCUAUUCCAGUUUGAUAUGUCUGACUGGGAUGUAUUUUCUGUUUGCUUAGUUUUUUUUUGCAUGCUGAGACUACAAACCAUCAGGACAUCUGUCACACUGAUCUGGACACUGAUCAAGAUGCUGUUUCAUAAUAACUUUAAUAACAGUUUUAUAAAUGUUACAAAGCACAAAAAGUAUCAUAAUAAAAACAAAAAAUCCAAUAAAGGCAUUUCUAAUACCAUUAAAAAUAUAUAUCCAUAAAA